AUGGCCACCACAACUGCAGAGCUGGAAGCAAAGCUGCGCCGGCGGAUGGAGAAGUGCGAGGGCAGCAAUGCCAUGUCACCGAAGCGUGGGCAGCGAGUCUGGUCGGAUGAAAUGGCCAAGACCGUGUCGCAGCAGCGCCGGGCUCGCCUCUCGAAGGGCCAAAGUCAAGGAAGUCGAGGAGGCGCAGGAAAUCCUCAAGAUGUUGAGGGUAUGGAUGUGCUGCCUCGAAGCAUUUCUGCCUCCUCAUCCUCCAGGCCUCCUCGGGUCCAAGGAGAAGCCGAAACGGCCGGAGGUUGGCUGCCACCAGCCAGGAUUUACAGAAUCGCAACCAUUGCUGGCUGCAUCCUCUUGGCCUUUCUGUUGAUCUGGGGCCAGUUCGGCCGCGCAGAGGUUACCAAGCGACAUCCGGAUGCAUCAAACGGGCAAGACGGCUGGCGAAGCCUCGAGCCCCAAGAAAAGGACACCUUUGCAGAGGCUGAGCCAACAGUUUCUGCUUCCCCUGGAGGAGUGCCGCUUGGUGACGACUCGGCCCUCAGUUCCGACCAGCCCGUAGCAGGUAUGCUUGAAGAAGAGGCAGAGCCUGACUUGGGCAACGCUGAGGCCACAGCCAUUGACUUCCACGGCAUGGUCAAGGAUGCAUCCAUCGCGUCCCAUGGCCCCUCCGUGAGCAUCGACGCGAGGACUAGCGGUGACGUGUCGGAUGACUGGCACAUUUUCCUGGACCAGCACCCUGCCCUUGAGCAGGUGUUCUCCUUGGGAAAGGUGACGUUCUCCAAGCAUUCAUCGAGGAGCUCCAGUCUUACUUUGAACGCCACGAUCACCAACACAGGCUCCACCGCCUGGUCCUCGGCGGUGCUGCAGGCUGUGCAUGGGUCGGACAUGGGCAUCUCAAGCCUACCAUUGAGCGGGGUCGUCGAGCCUGGCAAAGAUUGCAAGGUGUCUCUGCGACUCAGACUGCCGCACGAGGAUGUGAUUCCAGCAUCUAUGUGGGCUUUGAGCAUAGACGACCGCGUGUUCGGUCCACUGCUCCUGCUCGAGUUGGAGCAAGAGGAAGACGCUUCCGGCAGUUCGGUUCCGAAGGAGCAAAGAGCUUCCGCUCGUAUCUUCGAGGCGCCAAGGCGUCUCUUGACUGAUCAGGCGCUUCGGGAGGAUGCGGCAAGGGUGGGUGACAUUUCCGAGGAAUGGGCUGCCGACCUUGCCAAGACCGGUAUGGCGCAGGCACCGAUUCAACUCGAUGUCGUCAGACACGGACAAAAUGCUUCAGCGAACAGCUGUGUGGAGCCCAUGGCAGGCAUACCGGCUUGGCAGCAUCGUGGUUCAGCAGACGCCCAGGCUCAGCGAAGCGGUGCGAACAUGGACCAGGAUGCAAAUGGUCAAUUCGCAACACUGUUCUUGCAGCCCGAGAGUGAGCGGCCGACAUGGGUGGAGAGACCGCAUGAUACCAGCAUGAGCAAGGUCACCAAGUCUUCGCCUAACCGGAUGGCCUCCUUCGAACUUCUUGUGCAUUUGACGCUGGGAACACAGGAGAAAGUUUUUGGCCAGAAGGCACCAGCCUCCGUUUGGUCAGUGGCAGAUCUCUCGACUGCGAAGUCGUGCCGAUUAGCCAACAGGUGGGCCCUGGGCUGUCGCCUGAGAUGUGGAAGGCUGUCCCGUGUUCAGCCCAGACAAGCCAAGGAGGACCCGGAAGAGAUAAUCCAGGACAGCGUCGUGAGACCCAGAAGCCUGCAGAGCGAGAGAACGAAAGAUGGGCUUGGUACAUCUUUUUGCCGAUUUCGUUACCAGUGA